GUGACCGAGGGAGCCGAGCCGGGAGGAUGCCUCUGCGUGCGCUAGAAACUUGACAGCAGCGAAAGGCUGAGAUUGGGGCGUGCGGCUGGAGACCUGUGCUGUGCGGGGUGCUCCUGAGCCCCUGGAGGGGACGGGCAGGCGCGCACACCCAACCUAGACCCUUUGCUUUUGGUCGGGAGGGGCUUGAGUACUGGGAAAGCCGUGCCAAAGGGUGCAGGAGCAACCGCCGGACGAGCACAAGCCACAUCUGGCAACUCUUAUUCCUAGCUCCUGGCUGGGUUUCUCUGCAUCAGCUCCUCAGACUGGAGCUGACUGGGUUCCAAAAGGGGAAGAAGUGAUCGUUCCGGAGGGGAAAGAAAUCUCUUUGCGAUUCAGGAUUUUUUUGUUUCUUCAAUUUUUCUUUGUCUGUGUGUGUGCGCGUUCAAAAAACGGUCCUCCGGAUAAGCAGCAAGAGCUGAGAUAUCGGAUAAGUGGCAGCACAAAAUUUAAAUCUUCGUUGUCAACACAGACUCAUUAAGUGGCCAUUCAAAUGGGCGGAAUAUGUUACAUAAAUUGGCAGCAAGUUUCCAGUGGGUAAAGCAAUUAAGCUGAGAACCUGCAGAGCAUUAAAGUGAUGCACUUAAUGACCAGUGGCAUCCUAUAUGCAGAACAUUACAUCUGAAAAUUUCCAUUAGCUCCGAGGUUCUUACUUCAGAGGUGGCCCUGGGUGGAAGGAGGAGAUUCUCGAAUACUCCUGUGCCUAUAAAUUAACCAAAAAUGAAGGAGGACAGUUGUUUACAUGCUGCUCUUAUAUGCCUGGGCAUGCUAUAUUACAGCCAUGCCAUGUCUACAGAAAAACUCAACCAUUUAAGGCCGUCACUCCAUGGUCACCAUGAAAAAGGAAAAGAAGGGCAAGUUCUGCAUCGUUCAAAAAGAGGCUGGGUGUGGAAUCAGUUCUUUGUAAUAGAAGAGUACACAGGACCAGAUCCUGUACUAGUUGGCAAGCUUCAUUCAGAUAUCGAUUCUGGAGACGGAAACAUUAAAUACAUUCUCUCAGGUGAAGGCGCAGGAAUCAUUUUUGUUAUUGAUGACAAAUCAGGGAACAUCCAUGCAACAAAGACACUGGACCGAGAAGAGAGAGCUCAGUAUAUUUUAACGGCACAAGCUGUAGACAGAAACACGAACAGACCUUUGGAACCACCCUCUGAAUUCAUUGUGAAAGUUCAAGAUAUAAAUGACAACCCACCUGAGUUCCUACAUGAAAACUAUCAUGCAAAUGUGCCAGAGAGGUCCAACGUGGGUACAUCAGUUAUUCAGGUAACCGCUUCGGAUGCUGAUGAUCCUACCUAUGGGAACAGUGCCAAACUGGUUUACAGUAUUCUUGAAGGUCAGCCGUACUUCUCCGUGGAAGCACAAACAGGUAUUAUUAGAACUGCUCUUCCCAACAUGGACAGAGAAGCUAAGGAAGAAUAUCAUGUUGUAAUACAGGCAAAAGAUAUGGGAGGACACAUGGGAGGACUCUCAGGGACAACCAAAGUGACAAUUACACUUACUGAUGUCAAUGACAACCCACCAAAGUUCCCACAGAGUGUGUACCAGAUGUCAAUAUCAGAAGCAUCCAUUCCAGGGGAAGAAGUAGGACGACUGAAGGCCAAAGAUCCAGAUAUUGGAGAAAAUGGCUUAGUGACUUACAGCAUCAUUGAUGGAGAUGGUGUGGAAAUGUUUGAAAUUACAACAGAUUAUGAGACUCAGGAAGGUGUUGUGAAGCUUAAGAAGCUCCUAGAUUUUGAAACCAAAAAGUCCUACAGUCUGAAGGUAGAGGCAGCCAAUGUACAUAUUGAUCCUAAGUUCAUCAGCAAUGGACCAUUCAAGGAUACUGUAACUGUAAAGGUAGCAGUUGAGGAUGCUGAUGAGCCACCCAUAUUUUUAGCACCAAGUUAUAUUCUUGAAGUACAAGAGAACGCGGCAGCUGGUUCUGUUGUUGGGAGAGUACAUGCCAAAGACCCUGAUGCUGCAAAUAAACCUAUAAGGUAUUCAAUUGAUCGUCACACUGACCUUGAAAGAUAUUUUAGUAUCGAUCUAGAAGAUGGUUACAUUAAGACCAUAAAAACUCUGGAUAGGGAAGAAAUUGCUUGGCAUAACAUCUCUGUCUGUGCAAAUGAAGUCCGCAAAGAACAUCCGAAAGCCAAAGUUCCUGUAGCAAUUAAGGUCCUUGAUGUCAAUGACAAUGCUCCAAAAUUUGCAUCAACCUAUGAAGCAUUUAUUUGUGAAAAUGCUCAGAGCAACCAGCCAUUUAUUACAAUUACUGCUGAUGACAAGGAUGAUACAGCCAAUGGACCGAGAUUUAUCUUCAGUUUGCCACCUGAAAUUAUUCACAAUCCAAAUUUUACGCUCAGAGACAACAGAGAUAAUACAGUGAGUAUUCUUGUUAGACGUGGCGGUUUUAGUCGACAAAAGCAGGAUUUAUACCUUCUUCCUAUUGUAAUAAGUGACGGUGGAAUCCCUCCGAUGAGCAGCACCAAUACCCUCACUAUUCGAGUCUGUGGCUGUGACAGCAAUGGUUCCUUGCUCUCAUGUAAUGCUGAAGCUUACAUCCUCAAUGCGGGACUUAGCACUGGAGCUUUAAUUGCCAUUCUCGCUUGCAUUGUGAUUUUGUUAGUCAUUGUAGUGUUAUUUGUAACACUGAAAAGGCAGAAGAAAGAACCUUUAAUUGUUUUUGAAGAAGAAGAUGUCAGAGAGAACAUUAUAACUUAUGAUGAUGAAGGUGGUGGAGAGGAAGACACUGAAGCCUUCGACAUUGCUACUUUACAGAACCCUGAUGGCAUCAAUGGGUUUAUUCCUCGUAAAGACAUAAAACCCGAGUAUCAGUAUAUGCCAAGACCAGGGCUUCGGCCAGCUCCUAAUAGCGUUGAUGUUGAUGAUUUCAUCAACACAAGAAUACAAGAGGCUGAUAAUGAUCCAACUGCUCCUCCUUAUGACUCUAUUCAGAUCUAUGGCUAUGAAGGAAGAGGCUCAGUGGCUGGUUCACUUAGCUCGUUAGAGUCAGCGACAACAGAUUCUGAUUUGGACUAUGACUAUCUACAAAACUGGGGACCUCGCUUUAAGAAACUAGCAGACUUGUAUGGUUCCAAAGACACUUUUGAUGAUGAUUCUUAACAAUAAAGUUACAAAUUUGGCCUUAAGAACUGUGUCUGAUGUUUUGAAGAAUCCAGAAGAAAUGUAAGCAGGUAUUUUUUUAAAAAUCAAGAAAAGGCUCAUUUAAACAUUUAAGUUUGACAAAGAGGAUUCCUUUAAUAAUAAUGAAAAGGACAUAAAAGUGGUAAAUACUGUGAAGUACCUUUUCUUACAAAAGGCAAAUACAGAAGUUGGUUAUCAACUUCACUAGAGAAAAAAACCACUUAUGAAGUACAAAAUAUUUAAGGGAAGGAAAAUUCUAAAAGUGAACCUACAAAUGAGGGAAAUCUUUUAUGUAUUAUGAACAUCUAAAUCUUUUAUGUCAAAGAAGCUUCCACACAUUAGAAAAAAGAUAACAGUUCUGAGCUGUAAUUUCGCCUUAAACUAUGGACACUCGUAUAUGUAGUGCAUUUUUAAACUUGAAAUAUAUAAUAUUCAGCCAGCUUAAGCCCAUAUGAUGUAUGUACAGUACAAUGUACAAUUAUAAUGUCUCUUGAGCAUCAAACUUGUUACUGCUGAUUCUUGUAAAUCUUUUUGCUUAUACUUUCAUCUUGAACUAAUACGUGCCAGAUAUAAAACUCUGUCUUGUUGCAGUGGGAGGCGCCCUAUUUCUAUGUCAUUUUUAAUGUAUCUAUUUGUACAAUUUUAAAGUUCUUAUUUUAGUAUACAUACAAAUAUCAGUAUUCUGACAUGUAAGAAAUGUUACAGCAUCACACUUAUAUUUUAUGAACAUUGUACUGUUGCUUUAAUAUGUGCUUCAAUAUAAGAAGCAGACUUUGAAAUAAAAUGAUUCUUUUUUUAAUUCUUGUUUUGGUUAUUAAGCAUUUAAGAAAACAUGUAGUGUUUCUAAUGUUCCAUUUAUAGUUCUGACUAAUUUACUACAAUUGUGACCUUUUAAUAGCCCUAUUUAUUAUGUGUUUGUAGUUGGUUUAUUGCCUUGUUAAGUGAUUAUUUAAAAUCAAAGAUGUUUUACGAAUGUUUUUAGAUAAGCAUCUGUAGUGUCUGGUGAACAUUUUAUACCCUCUCUAUCUACAGCUUGUGGCUGCUCCCAGAGUACAGUAACGCCUUUCAUAUAAAGUUAUUCUUACUCUGGGAGUAAAUUACAUUUAAUCCUUUUAAAUAUUUCCCAUGUAAUAUGCAUUUAUCUUAUAGCCCAGAAAGUCCAUGGAUCUCAGAAACAACUUCAUACAUGAACAGGAGUACACUGUACUUACAGUAUACUCCACACUUGUUAAUUAUAAUAUCUUUACUAAACUCUGCGAGUUGCAAAAGACUUAAAUCUGACCCACUUUAGCUAGGAAUUCCCUAAAGACUGUUCUACCUGACAAUUACCUUACCUGAACAUUAAUUAUGGUUCUGGUAUUUAGAAAUGUUUUUAGUUUAUGUCAGUAGAAUUGCCUAAUCUACAGCUAACAAGAUAUUUUAAUUUUAAUAAGCGAAAUCUUGAGUACUUUCAGAGUUGGUCUUUGUAAUAUAUGUUUUUAAUCUAGUAAAAUUAAUCUAUAACCUUUUUUAUAUUAGUUUGGAAUGGGCCAGGGACCAAAAUAUGUUCUGUGCAUCAACAUUUUCAACAUCUGUGUGCAGCUGUAAUUCUGCUAAAUUUAAUAUAGUUUGCUGGUAAGGGACAGCGAUCAGCAACUGCAAUAUAAGAAGAGGCAAUAAAUAGCAAUGAUAUAAAUUUUUCCAUCUUUAAUUUUAGAAAUCCCAUCCUUGAAUUGCAGUCAGGUACCAAACUGCAUAACCUUAGAGGAAAUCUUUUUCUUUUGAUGUAUUCCUUACCUGAAAUCCCAAUAUGUAGUUAAAUUUAAAUCUAACUAUUAAAAAUUCAAAAAAUAUAUAUAUUUUCAGGCAUAUAUUCAUAAAAUAUUCACUUUUCCCACUAUAACCCUAUUUUAGUUUGCUGAAGAAGCAAAUUCACUUACAAUGUUUUAUUGUAAUAUUUCACUUUAUUAUAUGCAUAUCUAUAUAAUUCCAUAGUUUAUUACUUCUUAACUUCGUUCAGAUUUCCUUAGUUGUUGAUUUUGUUGAUUUUUCUAUGUUUAUAAUCCAAAGAAUAUUUUGCUAGAUUUGCACAUUUCUCCAACAUAAAUUUAAAUAAUUAUAAUAAUAAUUAAUAAUAAAAAUAACAAUUUACAAAUUAACAUAGAAAAAAAAUAAAACUACUGGUAAGUUUCCAUCCUUAUCAUUGGUGUUUUUAUUUCACUAUUGGGCAAGUUUUAGAAUUAAUAACUGCAUUUUCUACAUUUAUGUUUAAUUUUUUUUUAAAAAGGACAUUGUCAACUAAUUUUUAAAAAAAUAGUUUUAAGUGUUUGGUUUUUAGUCUUUGUUGUUUGUAGCUCUCUCUUAGAAGCUUGGAAAUAAAUUUUCUUUCCCUGA